AUGCCUCCCAAAGCUGCCGCUGCCGCAGGCGACUCCUGUCCCCUCAGCGCCAAUGAAGCCAACUUCAUCAAAGUCAUGUUCGACAACAUGAAGACCAGGCCUGACGCCGACUGGGACAAGGUAGCUGAGACGCUCGGUCUUGCCAAUAGCAAGGGCGCCAAGGAGCGCUUCCGCCAGAUGUCCAAGAAGCACAGCUGGGGUACCCAUGAAGCAGGCAGUGCCAGCCCCGCCAGGCCCGCCGGCAAGUCUUCCACUGCUGCCCGUCCACACAAGUCCGCCAAAGUCACCAAAACCCCUAGGAAGACGCCAGCCAAGAAGAAGCAAAGCACUCGUGUCGAUACUCCAGAGCGCGAAGAACAGUCUUCUGCUACUCUCAACAGUGACGAAGAUGGUGCUUUUGAGCCUUGA